AUGCAACUGGCGGCUGCCGCAUUCUUCGCUUCUGCCGCGGCAGCCGACGCGGUCGAGAAGGCGUCAAGUCUUGGGCCCGCUCCAGCUGGAGCCAAGCCCUUUGAUGUGUUGGGAAAAGAUGAUUCGAGCUCUCCGUUACUAAGGGGCACGCAAGUCACGGACGACAACACCGAAGAAAGAGCGACAGCGUUUUUCAGAAGUUUUUUUGGUGCGCUGCCCAAACUUAUCGAGACGACUGGCCUUGGCGGAAAACGUUACCGCGACUUUACUCAAAAGGUGGACAACUUUUACAAGAUGACACGCGCUGACAAAAAACGACUCAGCCAGAAUGUCAUCGAAAAGUUGACCACGAAAACUGCUCUAUCCAAUGAGGAUGCCAGGUUGAUCCUGAAGAACGAAAAGGUACGAGAGGGUGUGUUUGAUCGUUGGCAUAGGUCUGCCUACGUUAGUAACGAUGUGAUAAGGCGGUUUAAUCAACAAGUCAACCCUAAGCUUGUGGAUGAGAUACUGAAAAGGUUUCAAGCGCCAGUCAAGUAG